AUGGCUACAAGUUUUUUUGAUAUUGUAAAACGUGUGUAUGUAUAUUUUUCAUCUUCAACACAUCGGUGGGUAGUUUUCACUAGUCAUCAACCUUCGUUAACUGUUAAACCUCUAAGUGAAACAAGAUGGGAAAGCAGAAUAGAUGCUAUAAAGCCUUUGCCAUAUGAACUUGGUAAAAUAUAUGAUGCACUGCUAGAAAUAGCUGAUGAUACUUCUCUAACUGGAUCCUCAGGAAGCACUGCACGCAGUGAUGCUAAAGCACUUGCGAAUAGUGUUGCAAAGUUUAAGUUCGUGGUUUCAAUUGUUGUAUGGUACAACAUACUUUUUGAAAUCAAUAUAACAAGUAAGCAGCUCCAAGCUAAAGAUUUGGAUAUUCAUGCUGCUGUACAACAGUUACAACACACACAAGCCUAUUUGGUUGACUGUAGGAGUGACAUAGGUUUUGCAAGAAUGCUAGUGGAUGCUGCUGAAAUUGCUAAGGAUUUGGAGAUACCACCAACCUUUGAGGCAGAACCACGAUUACGGCGGAGAAAAAAGCAAUUUGCAUAUGAAGCUGAAGAUGAGCCUGUGCAAGAUCCAAAACAAAAUUUCAAAGUGAAUUUUUUCUUUGCUAUACUUGACACAGCAAUAAGGUCGGUUGAAGAAAGGUUUGAACAAAUGAGAACAAUUGAAUCUGUAUUUGGUUUCUUAUAUCAUAUUCAUGGUCUACAGAGUAAAACUUCACAAGAAAUAUUGGAAUGUUGCAUGAAACUAGAAUCUGCUUUACAACAUGGUGAUAACAGAGAUUUAGUUGCAUCAGAUUUGUGUGGCGAACUACAGUCUAUUGCACGACGACUUUCUAAAGAAACAAAGUCUCCUCAAGAUGUUUUCGAUUUAUUCUUUGCCAAAACUUGGAAGACAGUCUACCCAACCUUUGUAUUGCUCUUCGUAUUUUGCUGA